AUGGUUGAAGAAGGAGAUGUGGAAGAGACGGAAAAAGGAGUUGAAGCUGAAGAGUGUGAAGAGGUUUUGGUUGAAGAAGAAGCUGAAAAAGACAAAGAAAAAGAAACUCCAACACUACCCAAGCCUAUUUUGAAGGAGAACAACCCACUACCGCACUUCCAAUCACAACUGAGAAGCACGAAACGCGAGCGCGAGGAAGAGGAUAUCAUGGAAUUUUUUUUGCAAGGUUUGCCUCCAAAAUGCAAGGAUUCGAGGAUUUUCUCAGUUCCUUGUAAAUUGUGGAACCUUGAUUUUCCAAAAGCCAUGCUUGAUCUAAGAGCUUCAGUUAAUGUCCUCCUAUUUUAUAUUUUUGAAAAAUUAAAAUUGGGAUCUUUGCAAAACACUAGGACAAUUAUACAGUUGGCUGACCACUCAACAGUACACCCAAAAGGUGUAUUGGAGGAUGUUCUUGUUCAAGUGGAUAAUUUGAUUUUUCCCGCUGAUUUUUACAUUUUGGACAUGGGAAACUUGGACACUUUUGAUACGAACUCUAUUAUUUUGGGAAGCCCUUUUGUGAAAACUGCAAAAACGAAAAUUGAUGUUUUUAAUGGAAUAAUUUCAAUGAAGUUUGAUGAGGAAGUGGUUAAAUUUCAAAUUAAUAAUUGA